AUGCCAGGUUCAGCCACGGCCUUUCUGCAGCAGAGGCAGCAGGUUUCUUUGGCCGUGCUGCCUGGCACUGCCACUCUGCGCCCCUACCUGAAUGCGGUGCGUGCCACCCUGCAGGCUGCCCUAUGCCUGGAGAACUUCUCCUCCCAGGUGGUGGAGAGACACAACAAGCCGGAGGUGGAAGUCAGGUACUUACUAGGAGGAAGCUGGGACCCUGAGGUGUUCAGGGGGGUGGGGGGUAGGAGCAAGGAUUACACUGAAGUCUGCUGCAUGUCCGCUGGGGUGGAACCUUGCACUCGGGGGUUGCGGGUGUUCGAGCAGCACGAGAGCUGUAUGCAAGGCGGCGGGGGCAGCAGAGGGGGCGGGGGGCUUGCACUCAGCUUGAGGAAGUCUGAUUGUCCCUGCCCCCUUCAGGCGGACGAGAUCGAGAAGAUCCUGUGCCACAAAUUCAUGCGCUUCAUGAUGAUGAGGGCUGAGAACUUCUUCAUCCUGCGCAGGAAACCCGUGGAGGGCUAUGACAUCAGCUUCCUGAUCACGAACUUCCACACGGAGCAGAUGUACAAGCACAAGCUAGUGGACUUUGUGAUCCACUUCAUGGAAGAGAUUGACAAGGAGAUCAGCGAGAUGAAGCUGUCUGUCAACGCCCGGGCUCGCAUCGUGGCUGAGGAGUUCCUCAAGAACGUGAGCUCCUAGGCAGGGACCAGCUGCUUCCUCCCCCUCUCCACUGCAGAAAGGGGCUUGUGGGCAGCCUGCUAUUGCUUGGGGGUGACAGCUAGCCAGAGGGCCCUAGGGCCCCGCCAGAGGCCUGGCACCUCCUGGUGUGUCAGCCCUCUGUCUGCGGCUGAGUGUGGGCAGGGGAGGCCUGGAUUGUCACACCCAGCAUGGGGCAGUGUUUCCUUGAAGGGGCCAAAAGGAAAGCAGUGUGGCUCUCCCGACUGCCCCGUGUGCAUAGGUCUUUGCCUGGAGCGUGGCGCAGGGAGGGGCAAGGGCACGGGCACUGCAGAUGGCGAGAUGGUGGGACCUGAAGUUCCAUUCCCGAGGCAGGAGAGCAGUGGAAUGUGCCAUCAGCCAUUGGUGCUGGAGAGUAGAGAGGGGGGCCCGAAUCCAGCCCAGGGUCCUGUCUGCCCACAGCGGGAGGGAACAGAACCGGGAAUCCUCGCAUGAUCCAGUCUCAGCCCCUGACAGGGAGGCCGGGGCUGCCCUCCCUGCCCAGCCUGGCUAAUGCAAAGCCAGAAAGCCAAAGACCAGGUUAUCUCAGCUGCCCCGUGUUGACUCAGGCUGGGAUGCGGAAAUAGUUUGACACCUUAAAUGACUGCUUGGAGCAGCUGGUUCUGGAAGCCACACGGGGAGGGGCGGUUCCUGACAACCCUAAAUGGCACGCAGGGCCUGCUCCAAGAGCUGGAUGUGGCUGAACUGCUCAGUGAUAGCAGCCGCACUGUAAUUAAACAGCCCGUCGUGGAGGAGGACACACCAGAGAUCCACCGCGGUAGCAUUUCGCUUCAAAAAAGGAACUACACAGAAACAAGAAGCUAGUUAAACAGAACUUGUGAGAGCAUGAAUGCCUGCAAAUGCUGGCGAGCUGCAUAGAAACUGCUUACCACCAGAACAGAGGCCCCAAGGAAAGAGACAUCUUAAAUGAGAGCUGUCAGAGGCCAACACGUCCCCGUGCCUGAGCCGCAGGAGAGGGGAGUGCAGAGACCUGCUGAGGGAAGGCUAGAAAGGACCCUAAGCUCUGGCAAGCCGAGGGUAACAGCAGAAUUAGGCAGGCUAGAAAGCACUGUGAAGAGCAGUUUGUUGUGGUAGCAGAAGACACGCACACAAGUGCCUCAGCAGCAGGGCUGCCGGCCAGCAAAGCCACUGGCCACAAAUGCAAAAUCCGCCUUUUGGGGCGGAGCAACGUGAAUUCUUUGCAUCAGUUUUCACUGCAGGGACCGAGAGGCAGAGUCCCACCAUGAGCCAUUCUAUUUUGGUGACAUCUGAGGGACUAUCCCAAAUGGAAUCAAUCCAAAAAACAAGGCAGGGUCUGGGCCAGCUUCCAUCUGGGGAGACCUGAAUAAGACUGGGCUAGUUGAGCUCUGGAAAGAGACGUGAGGGGCUAGGGUGGAAGUCCUUAGAACGUGCCUGGUGCGGAGGGAGGAAGGGGGAGAGUGCUGUUUGCUCUCCUAGCACAAGCACUGGGCGGGAGGGUCGGCAGUGAAAGGAGCAGAUAGCUGGUUAAGCGCGAGGCAGCACUUCCAUGGGCUGGCGGGCGUCUGAGCACUCCUUGCCAGGGGACACGGUGCAGGCCAGAUGUGUAACUGGGCUCAGUAGGUCCCUUGGUGACGGAGCCAAGCUGCCCAGAGAUGCUCUGGGUGCCCCUAAGAUUCUGACUGCCAGAAACAGCCAGGCCUACAGGAUGGAUCGCGCCACUGGCCGUUUGGGCUAGAUGGACCAGGGACCAUGCUUCUGCUCCUAUGACCCCUGGAGGGUGCCUGCCUGGGCUUAAAGUGCAGCAGGGGAGGUUUAGAUUGGACAUUAGGAAAAAAUUCCUAACUGUCAGGGUG